GACAUAAAAAACACUUCCUCCACCUCCCGCAAAAUAGAUUCUAGGAGAUUCCAACUUACUUUGUCCCAUGCAUGCACUACAUUCCAUCCAAUCCCUCCCUUCCAAGGUAGCCAUUCCGUAGUUCCCGCUUCGCUGCCGCGUGUCCCUCUCGUAAAAAAAGCCGACCAACACCGUCACCGCACUGCAGACGUUACCUACCGCAUUCCACCCACCAGCCGUUUGAAUGUCUGCAGCCCGCAUUCAGCGGAUCGCUCCAGGGAUUCGAUCCCUUUUCCGCCCCUCCCCCGCAGAGGCUGUCUAUUCCAGACUCCAACUGUCCUGCUCCAUAGCGCAUCUUACCUCCGCUCCCUUGUCCCCCGCCCUAUCCGCCGCCUCCACCGCCGCCUCAGCCGCGGGAUCUCCCGCCGCAUCUGCCGCCAUUCCCGCCGCUCCCGCAGUAUCUGCCGCUAGAGUGGGUUUCGCAGAGAGUAGAACCUCCCCCAGUAUCAGCUUCCCCUCGUGUCAUCCGUCCUCGCGUCCCUCGUCCGCGUUUUUUCAGACGACACCGGCCGUAUCGUCCCCGCUUUGCGAAAGCACGGCCGUUACCAGAGACGUUCAUCAGUUUCGCGAUUCACAUCCGUGCUUUUCCGCUCCGAGCCAUAUCGCCACGUCUGCUCGACGCGACUCCGCGCCUGCAAGCGUUCUCGCGUCUGGAAGCUUCUUCGGACCUUCUAGCUGUUCCGCAUCGCAAAGCCGCUUCACCGCGGCGUCUCAAGGGCUCUCCGCGUCUCCUGCUAGAAGCUUCGCGGCAGCGUCGCGGUUCGGGAUGGCGGCGCCGACGGAGAUCGCGUCCAAUAAGAUGUUCGGCGGCGUCAACAAGCGCUACGAGCACGAGAGCGCGACGCUCGGGUGCACCAUGAAGUUCAGCAUCUACUUCCCUCCCGCCGCUGCCUCCACUCGCGUGCCGGUGAUCUACUGGCUCUCAGGUCUCACCUGCACGGACGAGAAUUUCAUUCAGAAGUCGUUCGCCCAGAAGUACGCCUCGGAGCACGGGGUGGCCCUCAUUGUGCCCGACACCUCGCCGCGCGGCCUGAAAGUGGAAGGGGAAUCGGACAACUGGGAUUUCGGAGUGGGAGCCGGCUUUUAUGUUAACGCCACAGUUCCUAAGUGGAAGAACUGGCAGAUGUACGACUAUAUAACGGAGGAGCUACACCGGAUUUUAUCUGCGCACUACACGAAUCUGGACAUGCAGCGGUGCAGCUUAAUGGGGCACUCUAUGGGGGGACAUGGGGCGCUGAUCAUCUUCUUCAGAAACGGCUCCAAGUACAAGUCCGUGUCGGCCUUUGCGCCCAUAUGCAACCCCACGGAGUGCCCCUGGGGCCAGAAGGCCUUUUCGGGAUACUUGGGCGAUGACAAAGCAGCGUGGGAGGAAUACGACGCUACAGAGCUCGUGAAGCAGUACCCGGGGCCAAAGGUGGACAUCCUCAUAGACCAGGGCGACAGUGACAAGUUCUAUCACGAGAAGCAGCUGCUGCCAGAGAAUUUCCAAAAGGCGUGCACUGAGGCAGGGGUGCCACUCACACUGCGCUUCCAGGGGGGCUACGACCACUCGUACUUCUUCAUUGCGUCGUUCAUUGGCGACCAUAUCAAGCACCAUGCCAAGGCACUCAAGGCGUGAGGGAGUUUUAGCGUACUGGUAUGAGGUGUACUGUAUGUAUACUGUGACUGUACGCUGUGCUUCCAGGGGGGCUACGACCACUCCUUCAUUGGCGACCACAUCAAGCAUCACACGAAAGCACUGAAGGCAUGAAAGCACUCAAGUUGCAAAGCACUCCAGGGGGGCACGAUCACGAGGUGCUGUGUAUUAUGCUCUAUUGCAUCGUUACAUUAGGGAUUUCGACAAGCACCGUGCAAAUGCAUGCGUGCACGGUGGGCCUAUAGCAUAAAUAUCAUCCAAACCAAGGCGAUUGAAGUUAUUCCAUAGUUUCUACCAUUGUGUGUGAGCAGCAUGGAUAUUGUUUUGCAAAUAUCUACAAACA